UCUAUAAAUGCAAUAAAUUCUUUUGCUUAUUCAGAUAGAUUUAUAUUAUCGAACCAAAUUAAACACCGAUUUUGUAGACUCUGAAAUUGUAUCAAACUCACCCACCUAAAGAAUGAUUCCCAUUUUGGAAACUAAGCUGUUUUUGUCGAUUUGCACAGUAAUCUUCUUCUUAUGGGGUUAAACAUCAAGCAGUUUUUCUGUUUCAGCUAAGUAAAUACACUACGAAGCUGUCUCCUUAGGGUAUUUGGAAUAGUGAUUGAUACUGGUUAACGUUUGUGUCAAGUGGAUUUCUCUUGGAGUUGCAAGUGGAGUUUGAGAUGGGUAACGACAGUGAUCAAGCUAAUGAUCUAGAGAAACAGAGCAAUUCUACUGUUUUAGCCCAGCAAGGGAUUGAGUUCAGUGAUGGCAAUCAAGGACAGGUCACCAUUGUUGUCUCUGAUGGAGAGUCCAUAGCAAACUUAUCCAAGGAUGUUCCCUCACCUAAAAAGGGGUUCUUAUCAAGGAGUGAUAGUUUUGAUGAAGAAUGCAGGGUUUGUCAGCAGGAGAAAGAAGAAAACCUCAUAGACCUCGGUUGUCACUGCCGAGGGGCCCUUGCUAAGGCUCACAGAUCAUGCAUAGAUACUUGGUUUCGCACAAGAGGAUCAAACAAAUGCGAGAUAUGCCAAGAGGUAGCUACAAAUGUUUCACAACCAGAGUCCCAGCCAAUCACAAAUUAUUGGGUAUGGAGGAUUGACCCUGCCUCUCGGUCACAUAAUCGUGAUAGGGGGUGUUUUAGCCCACUCUGGGUGGCCUUUUCCAUCCUCAUUGGUGGCUUAAUGCUGGAUGUCUUAAUAUCAAUUACUCUCGGUGUCUCUGCGCUGCCUGUCAACAUUAUUAUCGGUGUCAUCGUGGUUCUUGGUCUUGGAACCGCACUGCGACUUGCCUUGGAGUUCUGUCAUGAGUGGAGCAUGAGAAGAGUUGUGCAAAGGGUGGAAACAAACAUGGAUCUUGCUUACCAUCCAGCUUUGUAGGUCAGAUGUUGAGCUUUAAAACAAACUUUUUUUUUGCUUUGAUCUGCUCUGAAGUGUGUAUAAUGUUACCCUUGUCUGUAUAUUUGGCACGGUUUGUGAUAGUUACCACACGAACACACUUUGAUGAACUGAAAAACUUCAUUUAAUGAAUGUAUCGAGAGUUUAUAUA